UAGCGGUUCAGGAGCCAGUGCUAUGUCGUAGUGUUGAUGGACUACUCUCCUGCUUAUAUCAAGACGUCAAAGAUAUCGAUGGAUAUGGUACCGUUUCAAAAUAUAGAAUAGUAGAUUGUGUCUAGUCGUGUAACAGGAAAAGAUGUCUAACAUACUUCUUGCAGUGACCAACGUGAAAUGGAACCGGUCUGCAGCUGCGAAGCGGGCAGCCUUUCUUGUGGUUGCAGCAUACAGCGUGAAAACGCUCUACCCCAUCAUUUGCAAACAGAUCAACAAACGAAAACAGUCAAAAAAUCAGCCACCUUCAAGAGGAGAGGAAAAUGGAUCGUUGGUGGUCAAGAAAUCUACGAUGGACACAGUGCCUUCCCACAAAAAAUCCCCCGGUGUGGAUGCAGAAUUUUUCAAGCAGGUCCUGGAACUCGUUCAAAUAGUAUUUCCUAAGCUUUUAACAAAGGAGCUAGGUUUGUUGUGUUUACACUCUGUUGCACUCGUCUCUAGGACGUUUUUAUCGAUAUAUGUGGCUGGAUUGGACGGUAAGAUUGUGAAAACGAUCGUGGAGAAAAAACCCAGGAGCUUCAUCUUCAAACUAAUGAAAUGGCUCCUCAUUGCUAUCCCAGCUACGUUCGUGAACAGCGCUAUCCGCUACCUGGAGUGUAAGCUGGCGCUGGCUUUUCGUACCCGGUUGGUGAACCAUGCAUACAAAACCUAUUUCACCGACCAGACCUACUACAAGGUUAGCAAUAUGGACGGAAGGCUGGCUAACCCGGACCAGUCGCUCACGGAGGACGUGAUGAUGUUUUCUCAGUCCAUCGCACAUUUGUAUUCUAACCUCACCAAACCCAUUCUGGAUGUGAUCCUCACGUCAUACACUCUCAUUCAGACGGCCCGGUCUCGUGGGGCUAACGCCAGCGGACCGACACUUCUAGCCGGACUAGUGGUGUUCGCCACGGCCAAGGUGCUACGGGCAUGCUCGCCGAAAUUCGGCAAACUCGUGGCAGAGGAGGCCCACAGGAAAGGAUAUCUACGCUACGUGCACUCGAGAAUCAUUGCCAAUGCAGAAGAGAUAGCCUUCUACCGGGGACACAAGGUCGAGAUGCGUCAGCUGCAGAAGUGCUACCGGGCCCUGGCGGAGCAGAUGAACCUCAUCCUGUCCAAGCGCCUGUGGUACAUUAUGCUGGAGCAGUUUCUCAUGAAGUACGUGUGGAGCGGAAGCGGCCUUGUCAUGGUGGCGGUGCCCAUCAUCACGGCCACCGGUUUCGCUGACAACGAGAUGGCUGACGGGCACACACAGGUGAUGGUGAGCGAGAGGACGGAGGCCUUCACCACCGCACGCAACCUCCUGGCAUCUGGAGCCGACGCCAUCGAGAGGAUCAUGUCCUCCUACAAAGAGGUGACGGAGUUGGCGGGCUACACGGCGCGGGUGCACAAGCUGUUCCUGGUGUUUGGGGAGGUGCAGCGGGGCGUCUACAAGCGCUCCUCUCUCUCAGCGGAGGACGAGGCAGCAGGCGCACGCACGCCACUGCACAUCGACGGACCCCUGGACAUUAAAGGGAAGGUGAUUGACGUGGACAAGGGCAUCACCUGCGAGAGCGUUCCAAUCAUUACCCCCAACGGAGACGUGGUCGUGUCCUGCCUCAACUUCAAGGUAGAAGAGGGUAUGCACCUGCUGAUCACAGGGCCCAAUGGCUGUGGGAAGAGCUCUCUGUUCCGCAUCCUGAGCGGCCUCUGGCCCGUCUACGGAGGAAACCUCUACAAGCCCCCUCCACAACACAUGUUCUACAUCCCCCAGAGGCCGUACAUGUCGAUCGGGACGCUGCGGGACCAGGUGAUGUACCCCGACUCCCUGGAGGACAUGUGCGAGAAGGGCUUCACCGACAAGCACCUGGAGCACAUCCUGGACAUCGUCAACCUCAACCACAUCGUCACCCGUGAGGGAGGCUGGGAUGCAGAGCUGGACUGGAAGGAUGUUCUGUCAGGUGGAGAGAAGCAAAGAAUGGGCAUGGCACGCAUGUUCUACCAAAAGCCCAAGUACGCCCUGCUGGACGAGUGCACCAGUGCGGUCAGCAUCGACGUGGAGGGCAAGAUCUUCCAGGCAGCAAAGGAUGCUGGGAUAUCUCUCUUAUCGAUCACGCACAGGCCCUCUCUCUGGAAGUACCACACGCACCUGCUGCAGUUCGACGGGGAGGGCGGCUGGCGUUUCGAACAGCUGGACACGGCGACGCGUCUCUCGCUGACCGAGGAGAAACAGCGGCUCGAGAGCCAGCUCGCCGGCAUUCCCAAGAUGCAACAGCGCCUCAAUGAGCUCUGCAAGAUCCUCGGCGAGGACUCCGUUCUCAAAACAGCCGACCUGAAAGAGGGGGAGUGAGAGAGGGAGAAAGAGAAGUGUGUGUGUGUGUGUGUGAGAGAGAGGUAGUGUGUGUGCCUGGGUUUAGUUGUCCCCUUUCAAACCUGUGUCUCUUGAGCUGCUACGUGUGUGUGUGUGUGUAUGUGUGUGUGUGUGUGUGUGUGGCGGAAGCAAGCUGGUUUGGUGAAGCUAGUUUGCGGAACUAGCUGCUGAAUUUGUAGAACCUUGAGAUUGGACCCACACCUGAACUGAACGCACUGGUUUCAGACGCCUCUGAGUGAGUGAACUAGUAUUAGCCCUGAGGAGCGCACAGAGCCCGGUCAUGCUGGAUGGACGUUGGAUGGACGCUGGAUCAACGCUCCCCAUCUGAUGGCCAGUGUGGUCCAGCUUUUCAGAUCAUCUUUGUUGUGUCCUCAUCGUUCACAGUGGACUGGAGAAGGAGACUGUCUGUAUGGAUUUUAUUUUUAUUUUUUUGAGGGUGUAUGAUGUUUCGAGACCCAGAACUCCCGAGGACCCCGGGAGACAUCUCUGAUGAUGUGUCUGAGUGCUUCACAAGGUGUAUUUUUGGAGACUGGUUUUAGUUUUUGUUAUUUGUUGGCACUUUAUUCUUUUCCACUUUUUCAAUGUGAUUGUAUAUUUUCUGAGGUAUGUUCACUAGUGGUGGAGCAGUCACAACAUCACCCUCUGGCAGCCGGUCAGUGUGGCUAUUCCUCUCAAACUUGCUGUUGCGUCAUCAUCACCAUCUGAUAAGCGGUCAGCGCGACUAUUGUUCCCAAACCUGCUGUCCCGAGUCGCUUUGGAUCGCUUUGAAGCGUCUCCUAAAUACCACUCGACUUCAAUGUUGAACUGUGAGUUGGGGAGUUCCUGUGGUCCCCACCUGUGAGAGUCCAUGCAGUCUUCCUGCGGUACUUUAUAUCAGUUCCUUCCUGAUGUGGUGGUUUUUAAUGGAUGAAAUGUUUGAAUAGAUGAAAGGGAUGGGACAUGUUUUAAUGGAUGGUUUUAUUUUGUUGUUGUUGUUGAUGUUGAUGUUGAUGAAAUUGGUGUAGAAGAACAAGAACGAAUGGUGUGAGCUUUCUACUCGUGACCAGGCCCACAAUCCUGAUGCUUACUGUCACUGACACUGACACUGUCCCUGUGUUUGUUGAUCAAAACAGAUCAAAACAAACACAAACAAACAACCCCCCUGUGCCCUGACUCCACCCUGCUGAGUCACAUGACUGUAGUCGCCCUGACAGUCAGAGCACUUGAGUUGCUGUGUAGUUCACGGCACUCUUCGUACAGUAUGUACUUGCUUGUUAGACGCACCCCAAUCUGGAAAGGUUCACACUGAGCACACUGAAGAGCUGGGGCCGGGUACUUGAGGUUGCUGGUGUUGCCUUGUGCAGGCUUUUAUUUUUAAGGAAACUGACAGCUGUCAAGCGUGCACACCGGUGGCCAUUUUGGCUCUGCCUGCUUUAGGUCCAGCCAUCUUGCAUCUUACUUCCUGAGGCCCACAGUUGCAUAGAGAAUUGCAUUCGUGCCCAACCGCUAAUGCACACACGGGCACACACACACACACACACACACACACACACAAACUCAUAAGAUGUGCUUGCGCAUGCAUAGACAUGGCAAAGCAGACACACACCCACACACACAAUGAGAUCUUCGAGUGCAGAGACAAAGUGGUCUGGCAUAUUAAACAAACACAAUAGCCAGAUGGUUCCUGAUGGUCCCCGGGUCCUACUGUAGUAGGCUUUAGGAGCCGUUGCACCACUCUUCCCAGACCACUAGCAAAAGCCGACGUGUUUAUUUACAACUAAUCCUGCUUCACGUGGCUUCACCGGCGUCAGCAAUGCAUGCUGGGAAGUCCGACUCAUUGUGCUGAGACUGGGCUGGGGUCAUGCUGGACCGGACGCUUUGAGAUUUCUCUUUGUUGAUUUCUACUCUUUCCUUUACGGAACACUGGAUGUUAUUUUUUUACAUGAAUGUUCUGAUUCUGUGAGUUCUGUUUUGGAAUGUGUGUGUGAUUCUAUGAUUCUAUGAUUCUAUUCCGCUCCUGUGUUCUGUGUCCACCUUGUUUGGUUUGACCUGAGGUGACCAUCAGUGGACUGUAUCCCACCAGCCCUGCUGGGGGGACAUGCUCCUGUCAUGAUGAAUGUAACACUUCCACGUCCUGUGAGAAGCCUAUGAACAUCUCCCUCUUUUGUUGAGAUUUUCCACUUCAAAUGUGGCUCCUUUCUUAUUCCUCCUGAUGAAAAAGAACAGUUGAAAAUGUCGACAAAACGUUGUGGUACAAUCAGGUGUGCUGAUGCUCACCUGUGUGUGGGUGGAGCGGUGUGAUUGGGGUCUAACUUGUUGAAGGCACUCAGAUCUUGAUCACACUGCGCCUAUUUCCACUGCGCCUAUUUCCACACACUCUCUCUCAUUGUGCAUGUCAUCGUUAUACUGGCUUUUGUCAGCCAUUGUUAAUCAGCAUUUCAGGAAAUAACUUUUGUUUUAAAUGCGGAACCAUGUAAGUCAUUUUUUUUUUUUUGGAACUGAAACCUUUUUCACUGGCAAAUGAAGCUACUGUUGGAUGCCAAAAAUGUGAUUAGUCUUGUAGGUCUUAUUGUUACUUUGAAACUAGACCGAUCUGAAGUCCUUUAGUACGAAACGUAUGACGUGACCAGGUAUUCCAGUCUUGAAGCUCUAAGUCCUGAAGUGGAGGAUUUCUGUGCUGUACUCCUCAUCUGAUCAAACCGAAUUUGAAACAUUCAAACCCAGAACCCAGUCCUAACAACACCACCUUACUGUAACUACAAUCAUGUUGCUAUUCACAUAUUGUAAAUAGGCUAGUUUUCUAUAUCUGAGAAAGAUGUUGCGAUGAGCCUCUAUUUUGCCAUGGGUUAUUUAUGAGAAAAGAAGCGACGGUGUGUGGGUUCAAUGGCGUUUGGUUUAGUUGGUGUGAGCGAGCGAGCGAGUGAGUGCACGUUUGAAGUCGUCGUUCGGUAAAGAGGAGACACUUCACCCACGCCAUGGACAGUGAAUGGGCACCUUUGUUGUCGAUGCUGUUGUCGUGGGAGACCAUAGGACCUAACAUCGAUCCCUCGGUGGCUUGGAGCUGAACAACAUAUGUCAGGGACAAAAGACAGAAGCGUCGCCUGGUCGUUGAAACAGUUCGUGAAUUUUUAAUGGAGGCCGGUUACAUCGCCCUGAGCGUCAUGGUGACCCGCCUCUCCGUACGUCGCCGUGACGACCUGCCUCUGCGUAGUCAGGCCCUACUGUAGCCCAUCUGCAUGUCAGGGUACUUCCCAUAGAUAUCUAUGGUACUUCCUUUCUAAUGUUUUUUAAAAGUGGUACUAACUCGCCGUUUGACUUAUGCCUGGCAGGCUGAAUGAUUGGAGCCAAUCUUUUGGGGAAAUGCAGAUAAACUGUAAAUAAAAAUU